AUGAAGUUAUGCAUCACUAGUCCUGGUCUGCUUGUGCUCGAUCCAGUAUUCAUUCUUGUGUUUAAUCAUCCUGUCCCUGCUCAUUCGCACUCUCCCUCGCUUCCUCCUCUACUCACAUUCAUACGUCCCACUGAAUUUGACGAUGUUGCUGAUCAAUGUGCUCUCCUGUCUAUCGCAGAAAUAAUGUUAAAUGGUGCGGUGGCCGUAAGUGAAAAGUCACCAAUCCAUAUCUGUCAUCUUACAGGAGAUGCUCUUGUUCAGUUGCAUGAAGGAGGCGUCCCCGGCAAGACAGAUGGUUUUGGAGCACUUCAUCAGUCAAACUUCCACUCGAUUAUGCCACUUGUUCACAAUAGAUUGUACUGUAGUCGGUAUCAGAAGAAUUGUAGUAUUGGGACAACACAUUCUGUUUUAAUUCCUUGUUGCAUAAAUUUAAUGCAUAAUACCAAUGCAACUCAAUGUACUCAGUCUCAAAAUCCAAAGUCCUUCAACCUCCGUCACAAUGCAUUUUGCCUGCAUUGCGUCAGUCGUGUUUAUCAGUUGGAUAAUAAUAUGAAUUCACAUUGA